AUUAUACCUUGCUAUUUUCCCAUGUCAUCUCAGGCGCUCAUAAUGCUGCAAGACUAAUCUUCCUUUAACACUCUUAUGUUGAUAUGACCGCCGAAUGAGAACAAUGUUCCUCGAGCGAUUUUUCCUGCUUGAGGACGAAAGCCAUCAGCGAACAGCAAGACUGUCUCUGUAUAGCCCCAAAGUGUGAAGCUCUAGAUCGCGUCGAGCUUCGUUACGUAUCGUGAAGCGGCCUACUAUUCUGGAAACACCCAUCUGCGCUAGUCUCCACCACAUUCACAUGUAGUUUGAAUUUCGUUGCAAGUUGAGUUAGAUCGCUCUUAGGCCGCGCUGCGUCGCCAUGCCGUCCACUGUCAACCAGGACGAGUGGGACUUGCCCCGAUUACGAGCCUCAAUAGGCUUUGAGGAUGAUUUUCAGUACCUAUCAUCAGAUGACCAAGAUACUGAAUUCUUUGAUGUUAAAUUCUACCCAUAUGCCGAUGAGGCACAUGACGCCAUCUUUGCUGCAGUUAGCAAGAAACAUGUUGUCAUAUAUCGACUUUCAAACAAACUGAAUCCCCCCUACGAACUCGUCCAGUUGAUCAGAGACGAUGAUCCAGAUGCGCUCAAUUGCAGCUGUACCUGGUCUAUAGACCCGGAAACAGAGGCGCCCUGGCUAUGCGUUGCUGGUCGGGAUUCCAAGAUCAAGGUUUACGAUGUCAUAGCUGGCACGUUGGUCAAGGUUCUUGUUGGCCAUGGAGGCGAAAUCAACGAUCUUGCAACAUGUCCUACGAAUAGUCAACUGAUUGCAUCUGCAUCCGAUGAUACGACCAUCCGCAUUUGGAGCCUCGAUCCAGCAUGGGCAAAACAGCCAUGUGUAUGCCUGCUUGCAGGAGAGGGCCAUUCAGCACAUCUCUUGACAGUGGCUUUCCAUAGCAGUGGUAGAUAUGUUCUCUCGGCUGGCCAUGAUAAUGUUGUCUGCUUGUGGACAUUGCCUGAUCUGCCGCCACCGCAGAGUGGCCGUAAUCCGCCCGAGCCUGUUGUAAUUCAUUAUCCACACUUCUUCACCUCUGAAGUGCACAGUGGUAUCGUCGACUGCGUGGCUUUCUUUGGCGAUCUCAUUCUAUCGCGAGCCUGUCACGAAGAUAUCAUUGUACUUUGGCGUAUUGAGGGUUUCUCAUCUCAGGACCCCCCUCCAACCCCAAAUGAAGCCCCCACGACCAGCGACACAGAACGACUGACUCGUUCUGCGUUUGCACCAGCGACAGCAUCGUCAUGUCCGCCACAGUAUACCCGGUUACUUCAAUUCUAUACACCCAAUUGUGGUCAUCAGUUUUAUCUCCGCUUCAAAUUAUAUCAGAAAAAGGGGAAACACCCAGUUCUUGCCUUCGGCAAUGCUCACUCGACAAUUUUCUUCUGGGACCUCACACGCUUGCUGGGAUAUCACGACUUUAUAAACGAAAUAAGAGAUCCGGCUCGGGAUCAAUUACAGCCUAUCCAUCGCCCAGGAUGGCUUGUUCCAAUUCAACACAGGCAUAAAGGCGAUGCUGUUAACAAGCUUAAAGAUGCUGUAAGCGACAGGGAUUCUGUGUUCUCCGGCCGUACAGGUAGCGUAGAUGCGGAAACUCACGUUGAUAUUAACACUGAUUACGGACAUGAAACCCUCGACUCCUGGGAGGGAAAGUAUGACUUGACUCGUGUAGAGGAGCCAGUUAGAGCCCACGUGCAAAGCAACAUCACUGUUAAGGACUUUGUUGGGCGCCAAGUUGCGUGGAGUGCUCAUGGCGACUGGUGUGUAGUGGUAGGGAGCAAGAAUCUCGCUAUCAUCAUGCAGCGCUGGGCUAAGAAGGACAACGUGUUACAAGCUGGCGAAGUCUCUAGUAGUGCUAAGCCCAAGGACGUAGCACGUACGCAAGUCAACUAGUCGACGAAUAUGGUUCCGAAUCCUGCACGCAGCAGUGAGGAGGCGUAUCCAGGACCGGAAUGACUGAUACAGCAAGGCCAUGACCUGGGGGUAAGACCAGUCAUACAACAUAAUC